AUGACCUUCCUACAGAUCACCAAGACGCAUGACCUCCCCAUAACCAAGACACAUGACCUCCCUGUACAGAUAACCAAGACACAUGACCUCCGACAGAUAACCAAGACACAUAACCAAGCACAUGACUCCUGUACAGAUAAAUCAAGACACAUGACCCCCGUACAGAUAACCAAGACACAAGAGUUCAGGCGCAUGAUCAAUGUGAACUGCCUGGCGCUGGGCCACAAGUCUGGCCGGUGCUGGUUCGGCGGCGAUGACAAGAAGGUCAACCUGUGGCUGCUCAAGCCCAACUGUAUACUGAGUUUGUCAGGACACACAACUCCCGUGGAGUGUGUACGAUUUGGUGGCUCUGAAGAUCUGGUGUGUGCUGGAUCACUAAGUGGUGCACUCAAGAUAUGGGACCUGGAGGCUACCAAGAUUGUCCGUACACUCACAGGUCACAAGGCAAACAUUCGCUGUAUAGACUUCCACCCUUAUGGAGACUUCAUUGGUACUGGCUCCCUCGAUACUAAUAUUAAGUUAUGGGACAUUCGGCGGAAAGGCUGUAUUUUCACUUACAAAGGCCACAACCUUACUGUCAACAGUCUCAAGUUCUCUCCUGAUGGACAGUGGAUUGCAUCAGCUGGGGAGGACUGCAAUGUUAAGUUGUGGGACCUUCGUGCCGGCAAGAUGAUGACGGAGUUUGCUCAGCACACAGGGCCAGUCAGUGAUGUGGAGUUUCACCCUCAUGAAUUUCUCCUUGCUUCUGCCUCUCAUGAUCGAACUGUCAAUUUUUGGGAUCUGGAAAAAUUCUCACUGGUGUCAGCUACUGAUGCUGAUACUGGACCCAUCAGAACAAUAGCCUUCCACCCUGAUGGUGACUGUGUGUAUGCGGGGUCUCCUGAUGUCUUAAAAGUGUAUGGGUGGGAGCCUGCACGCACUUUUGACACUGUGGCUAUGGGCUGGGGCAAGAUACAGGAUAUUGCCAUUGCUCAAAAUCAGUUGAUUGGUGCAGGCUUCCAUGGUGUGCAUGUGUCUCUGUAUGUAGUGGAUUUGAAGCGUGUACAGCCUUUUGGAGGGCCACAACAAGAUGUGCCAUCAACUUUUAGAUAUGGUGCAGCCAUACGCAAGAGCUUCAGCAAAGAUAAAAAUUCAGGAAAAGCCACGGCGGAGUCCAUGAAGACUGAAGAAGCGUCCGAUACUGGGGGCGAGGAACCCCAGGAGGAGGAUCCCCCUCCAGAGAUCACCAACCUUAAUGACUACAAUGGAAUAUUUAAGACCCACCGGGAACUACAGAGAACACCACCCCCGCUCGAGCCCAAACCUGCCAUUAACAAUAAUAAUGAUCCUAUGGUGCCUCAAGUGAUGACCAGUCCAGAUGUGAUACGACCAGAGCCAAUAAGACCCAGUCCACCUACAGCAGCUAGACCUACUACUCCAGAUGCUGCACGUAGAGGAUCGUCCCAAAGUGUCUCACACCUUCCACGGCCAAUUGCCACCCCCAGAGAGACUGUCACUCCAAGGUAUGAUAACGGUAACCAACCACAGACGCCACCCUUAAACCCCACCAGUUUUCCAAGUCUGUAUGAGAGACGCAGUUCUAAUCAGGAGCAGUCUGCUUAUGCCUCUCCUCACAGAGACUACACACUAAGUGGCAGUAGCAGUCCAAACAUGAGUCAACCAUAUAGAGCACGUGCUGUGUCAGAGAGCAGAAGAGACACCAGAGAAUCCUCCAGUGCUCCCUAUGAAGCUGAAGGAAACAGGUACCACAUCAGACAUAGUCCAUCGGAACCACAUUUAGUGAGACAGUCAUCAUCUCCAGGCCCCCCAUCAAGCUCACCAGCUUACCAUGACUCAGCCCCAAGUUUACCACAGUUAGCACGGCCAGAUCUCACCAACCUAAACCGAACUCAGGCAUCAUCUAAACCUGACCUCACUUCACACUCCAAGCCAAUGGAUCGACCAGCCCUAGUCAGGCCAGCACCACGUCCUCAUCCAUCCCAAAGUCCAGAAAUGUCAUACAUGGGCACUCCUAAGACAACCAGCCCUGAAAUUUCCUACAUGGGCACUGCAAAGGAACCUCCUGAUUAUGGUUAUCGUCAGGAUGGUUUGAAAGAUAUAGAAUAUCCAUCUGCAUUUUCACACAUACCACCUGAUAAGAGUAUUAACUUUGAUGACUUUUUGCCAAAUAAACUGAGUAGCUUGGGCUUAGAUGGAAGUUCUAGCUCUGGGGGAAGUGGUCUAACAGGCAUUGCAGGCAAUGAAAUGUCUGAACAGGAAGUGUUAUCCAGCAUCAUGCGUGGUCACUCCUCUAUGAUGUCUGUCAUAACGGCUCGAUCUAGGGGCCUGCAGGUUACACACAAGUUAUGGCAAACAAAAGAUCUCAAGACUGCUGUGGACCACGCCCUCAACACAGGUGACCAGGCUCUUCUCGUGGAUCUCUUGGGCAUCAUUAAUCUCAGACCGUCAAUAUGGAACCUGGAUUUAUUGACAGCUCUCCUUCCUCCUGUCAGUUUACUGCUGCAAAGUAAAUAUGAAACGUAUGUAACUUGUGGAUGCAAUGCCCUGAAGCUCAUGAUCAAGAAUUUUGCAGUCAUGAUAAAAUCUAACAUGUCUGGCCCAAUACACAGUGUUGGGGUCGACAUAUCAAGAGAAGAGCGGUACAACAAAUGCAUAGAGUGCUACAAUCAUAUGAUGUCAAUACGAGCCUUCCUUCUCAAGCGACAGACUGUCCCUGGCAAGCUAGGACCCAUGUAUCGGGAGUUAGCCAUCCUCAUGCAAGCCUUUGAGUAGUGCUGACAUAUUAUUAUGUAUUACUGUGAAAAGUAAUGUAAGAAAAGGAAUGUUGAGGACAAGAGACAGUAGUCACUGUGUUGUACAUGUUGAUGUCUCCUUUUUUUCACCUCAUAUAAAAGUUUGAUGGCCGUAAAUAAACAGAUUGUGGUAAUUAUACUGAACAAAUCCCAUGGGAUUCAUAACAAGAGGUAAAAAAAACCCUAAUGUAAUAGCUAUUAUACAGUGCUCUUGAUUUUGCACACUAUAUGUGAAAAAUAGGUGCUUAAGAAAUUUAUUAAUUGCUUAUAUGUGAUGAAGAAUUACAUUGAUUGGAUACAAAGAAAGGAUUGCAAUGGACAGCAUAGCUGAAUUUGUGAUCAUUAAACUAGCAUGAUGAUGGGUCACCUGUGGUUGAUCUGUCUCAUAUGUUUGGACGGCUUUUGUUUCCUGCCUCCAGUGUACGUAUAUGCAACAAGGAAAUAUAACAGUUUUCAUAUAAAC